CUUGUAUUGAAGGAAGACCCUGAGCUCACCUCCUCUCAUGGGCACACCAGAAUUACAACUAUUUACAGAACAACUGUUGAUGAGAAAGACUGGAAACUACCAGAAAGAAUCACAGUGAGAUGGGUAAGAGGGGUGGAGUUGCUUUAUAAUCAUUAUACAUACCCCCAGGGUGGGCAACCCAGAAAUGAGAAUAAUUACGAUUGUAGGGGUUCACCCCAUGGAGCAAGGACAACCAGUGGAUCACUGAAGAAACCAAAGAAGAAAUCAAAAGAUACCUGGAGACAAGUGAAAACAAAAAUAUAACAAUCCAAAAUCUAUGGGUCGUAGCAAAAGCAGUUCUAAGAGAGAAGUUUAUAGCGAUGCUAACCAACCUCAGGAAACAAGAAAAAUCUCAAAUAAACAACCUAACCUUACACCUAAAGGAACUUAAAAAGAACAAACAAAAUCCAAAGGUAUUAGAAGGAAAGAAAUCAUAAAGGCCAGAGCAGAAAUAAAUGGAAUAGAGACUUAAAAAAGAAAAUAUUAAUGAAACUAAGAGCUGGUUCUUUGAAAAGAUAAACAAAAUUGAUAAACCUUUAGUCAAACUCGCCCAGAAAAAAAGAGGGCCAACAAGAAGGAGAAGUCAGAACUGACACUGGAGGAUCAUAAAAGAAUACUACAAACAACUCUAUGCCCCAAAAAUGGACAACCUAGAAAAAAAUGGACAAAUUCCUAGAACUGUACAAUCUCCCAAGACCAAACCAGGAAGAAAUAGGAAAUAUGAACAGACCAGUUACCAGUGAUGAAAUUGAGUCAGUAAUUUAAAGCAAAACAAAACAAAAAAACACCCCAAAACUCCCAACAGACAAAAGUUCAGGACUAGAUGACUUUAUAUGUGAAUUCUGCCAAACAUUUAGAGAAGAGUUAACACCUAUCCUUCUCAAACUAUUCCAAAAAAUUGCAGAGAAAAGAAGACUUCAAGACUCAUUCUACAAGGCCACCAUCACCCAGAUACCAAAACCAGAGAAAGAUACCACAAAAAUAGAAAAUUACAGGCCAAUAUCACUAAUGAACAUAGAUGUAAAAAUCCUCAACAAAAUAUUAACAAUCAAAUCUAACAAUACAUUAAAAGGAUAAUACAUCAUAAUCAAGUGGGAUUUAUCCCAGUUGAUGCAAGGACGGUUCAAUAACCACAAAUUAAUCAACGUGAUACACCACAUUAAUAAAUUAAAGAAUAAAAAAUCAUACAGUCAUCUACAUAGAUGCAGAAAAAGCUUUUGACAAAAUUCAUUCAUUUAUGAUAAAAACUCUUCACAAAGUGGGUAUAGAGGGAACGUACUUCAUAAUAAAUGCCAUAUAUGAUAAGCCCACAACUAACAUCAUAUUCAACAAUAGAAAGCUGAAAGCAUUUUCUCUAAGAUCAGGGACAAGACAAAGGUGCCCACUCUUGCCAGUUCUAUUCAACGUAAUAUUGGAAGUCCUGGCCACAGCAAUCAGACAAGAAAAAGAAAUAAUAUAACCCAAAUUGGAAAGGAAGAAGUAAAACUGUCGCUGUGUCACUGUCUACAGAUGACAUGAUACAAUAUAUAGAAAAUCCUGAAGACACCACCAAAAAACUACUAGAGCUCAUCAGUGAAUUCAGUAAAGUUACAGGAUACAAAAUUAACAUACAGAAAUCUCUUGCAUUUCUAUACAUUGACACUGAACUAUUAGAGAAAUUAAUGAAACAAUCCCAUUUACAAUUGUAUCAAAAAGGAUAAAAUACCUAGGAAUAAAUCUAACCUAGGAGGUAAAGACAUGUACUCCAAAAACUAUAAGACGCUGAUGAAAGAAAUCAAAGAUGAGACAAACAGAUGGAAAGAUAUACCAUGUUCUUGGAUUGGAAGAAUUAAUAUUGUUAAAAUGACGAUACUACCCAAGAUAAUCUAGAGAUUCAAUCCAUCCCUAUCAAAAUACGAAUGGCAUUUUUCACAGAACUAGAACAAAUCAUUUUAAAAUUUGUAUGGAAACACAAAAGACCCUGAAUAGCCAAAACAAUCUUGAGAAAGAAGAACAGAACAGAGGUAUCACACUCCCUGAUUUCAGAGUAUACUACAAAGCUACAGUAAUCACAGCAGUAUGGUACUGGCAAAAAAACAGACACAUAGAUUAAUGGAACAGACUAGAGAGCCCAGAAGUAAACUGACACACUUAUGGUCGAUUAAUCUACAACAAAGGAGGCAAGAAUAUACAGUGGAGAAAAGACAGUUUCUUCAAUAAGUGAGUUUCUUCAAUAAGUGGUGCUGGGAAAACUGGAUAGCUACAUGUAAAAGAAUGAAAUUAGAACAUUUUCUCACACCACAUAUGGAAAUAAACUCAAAAUGGUUUAAAGACUUAAAUGUAAGACCAGAAACCAAAAAACUGCUAGAAGAAAACAUAGGCAGGGCCUUCCCUGGUGGUCUAGUGGUUAGGACUCCAUGCUUCCAGUGCAGGCGGUGCGGGUUUGAUUCCAGGUCACAGAACUAGGAUCCCACAUGCUGCACAGCCAAAAAAAGUCGAGAUCCCUUGACUUCUGUAACUAUCCAAAAAUAAAUAAAUAUUUUUUAAAAUGAAGUUUUAAAUAAAUUAAAUUAAACUACUUAAAAAAAAAAGAAAACAGGCCCACCUCACCUGCGUGUCAUGUGCCCUGCACCACUUGCCGGCAUCUGAGCGCUGAUCCCAGGUGUCGUGGGUCUUUGAGGUGAAAGGGGCAGUGCCCAUGGGCCAGUUUAACAGCGGCGGAGGCAGGCAGAGGACCUUGACUGGGAUCAGCCCGCCGAGCUUCCCUGCUCAAGGUGUCUAAACCCACCAUUUCUCGGCGUCAGGUUCUAAGCGCACGACAGGGACCUGCUGAGAUCUUGACCAGAGCGAUGCAUGGUUUUGCGGCCUUGGUCUGGGAGCCGGGCGACGCCUCACGGCGGGGCGUGAAAGCCCCAGCUGGCUUCCACCCCUCCCCCACAACCCGAGCGCUGGUCCCCGCACUCGGAAGGCCCUGCUCCCCGCCGGCCGUGCUCCUGCCGCGGGUCGCUCGGUUCGCUCAGGCCUGGUUGGCUCUCAAGAGUUGGGCAAAUCCUUGGUCCCCACGUGGGCACGGUGGGAGUAGGUCUCGAGCUUUAUGUUGGAGGAUUCUUGGCACAUCUUGGGUUUGCCUUGCAUUAGAUGGGUAUGCAUGUGUUCACACUGGCGAGUUGAUCCGGGAUAUGACCGGAAAUUGAGUGUUUGGCUUGACGGCUGGGGUUUAGGUGGACGCCCACACCAGGAUAUUUUACUUCAAAUAAAGAACAUGGUGAAACUAAUUCACACGUUAGCGGAUCAUGAUGACGAUGUCAACUGCUGUGCCUUCUCCUCUUCCCUCUUGGCCACUUGCUCCUUGGACAAACCAAUUCGCCUGUACUCCCUGAGUGACUUCAGUGAAUUGCCACACUCUCCAUUGAAGUUUCACACCUCUGCUGUCCACUGCUGCUGUUUCUCUGCUUCAGGGCAUAUUUUGGCUUUAUUUUCAACAGAUGGUACCACUGUCUUAUGGGAUACUCAAAACGGACAGACUUUGGCAGUGAUGGAACAGCCCAGUGGUAGCCCCGUGAGGGUUUGCCGGUCUUCCCCAGACUCCACUUGUUUGAUAUCAGGGGAAGCUGAUGGAACUGUUGUUUUGUGGAAUGCACAGUCAUACAAGUUAUAUAGAUGUGCUAGUGUUAAGGAUGGCUCCUUGGUGGCCUGUGCAUUUUCUCCUAAUGGAAACCUCUUUGUCACUGGCUCCUCGUGUGGAGAUGUAACACUGUGGGAUGAUAAAAUGAGGUGUCUGCAUAGUGAAAAAGCACAUGAUCUUGGAAUUACCUGCUGCGAUUUUUCUUCACAGCCAGUUUCUGGUGGAGAACAAGGUCUUCACUUCUUUCGACUGGCAUCAUGUGGUCAGGAUUGCCAGAUCAAAAUUUGGGUUAUUUCCUUUACCCAUACCUGAUCAGUGGAUAAGUCUGUCAUAGUGUAUGAUACUAAUACUGAGAAUAUACUUCACACCUUGACUCAGCACACUAGGUAUGUCACAACUUGUGCCUUUGCACCCAAUAUCCUUUUACUUGUUACUGGUUCAAUGGACAAAACAGUGAAUAUCUGGCAGUUUGACCUGGAAACACCUUGCCAAGCAAGGAUCGCAGAAGAUCAACCAAAGCAAUUUACUGAAGAUUGGUCAGAGGACGAUGUCUCAAACUGGCUUUGUGCACAAGAUUUAAAAGACCUUGUUGGUAUUUUCAAAAUGAAUAACAUUGAUGGGCGAGAACUGUUGAAUCUUACAAAAGAAAGUCUAGCUGAUGAUUUGAAAAUUGAAUCUCUAGGGCUGCGUAGUAAAGUUCUGCAGAAAAUUGAAGAGCUCAGGACAAAGAUGAAAACCCUUUCUUCUGGAAUUCCUGAUGAAUUUAUAUGUCCAAUAACUAAGGAGCUUAUGAAAGAUCCUGUCAUUGCAUCAGAUGGCUAUUCAUACGAAAAGGAAACAAUGGAAAAUUGGAUCAGCAAAAAGAAACGUACAAGUCCCAUGACAAAUCUUGUUCUUCCUUCAGUGGUACUUAUACCAAAUAGGACUCUGAAAAUGGCCAUUGAUCGAUGGCUGGAGACACAUCAAAAAUAAAACUGUUUAUUUUAUAUUGCAAAAAAAAAGAAAAGAAAAUAGAGGCAGGACACAGUUUGUUAUAAAUUGUAGCCAUAUUUCUUUGGAUCUGUCUCCUAAGGCAAGGGAAACAAGCAAAAAUAAACAAAUGGGACCUCAUUAAACUUAAAAGCUUUUGCACAACAAAGGAAACCAUUGGCAAAAUGAAAAGACAACCUACUGAAUGGGAGAAAAUAUUUUCAAAUGAUAUGACUGAUAAGGGAUUAAUAUCCAAAAUAUAUAAAUAGUUCAUACAACUCAAUAUUGAAAAAACUACCUGAUUUUAAAAAAUGGGCAGAAGACCUGAAUAGAUAUUUUUCCAAAGAAGACAUACAGAUGGCCAACAGGCACAUGAAAAGAUACCCAACAUCACUAAUCAUCAGAGAAAUGCAAAUCAAAACCACAAUGAGAUAUCACCUCACACCUGUCAGAAUGACUGUCAUCAGAAAGACCACCAUUAACAAAUGUUGGUAAGGAUGUGGAGAAAAGGGAGUGCUUGUACAUUGCUGGCAGGAAUGUAAGUUGGAAUAUCCACUGUGGAAAGCAGUAUGGAGGUGCCUCAAAAAAGUAAAAACAGAACUACCGUAUGAUCCAUCAAUUCCAUUCCUGGGUAUACAUCCAGGAAAGAUGAAAACUCUAAUUUGAAAAGAUACAUGCAACCCAAUGUUCACAGCAGCAUUAUUUACAAUAGCCAAGAUAUGGAAGUAACCUAUGUUGCUAAUAAAACAGAAACAGACUCACAGAUGUGGAGAACAAACUAGUGGUUACCAGUGAGGAGCAGGGUAGGGGAGGGGAAAGAUAGGGGUAAGUGAUUAAGAGGUACAAACUACUAAGUAUAAAAUAAAUAAGCUACAUGGAUGUGUUGUACAGCACAGUGAAUAUAGCCAAUAUUUUGUGAUAAAUUUAAAUGAAGUAUAAGCUAUAAAAUUUUGAAUCACUGUGUUGUAUACCUGAAACUAAUAUAAUAUUGUAAUUGAACUAUACCUCAAUUUUUUAAAAAUGAAAGUGUUUUAAUACUGUAUUAUGAAUAUGACAGUAAAACUGUAUGCCAUAAAAUUUUUAUAAUGAUUCAUUCAUUAAUGUAUAUGCCAGGCUACCAUGAAGCCAUCAUAUUGAUUACACUAGACUACUAUAAAGCAAUUUGUAUUGCUUUUUCUUCAUUAUCAAUGCAUGAAUCAUUGUGCCUGUAAAUAAAGAUGAAUUUCUUUUUCACAUUAUCUUUUCUUUUUUUUGAUAUCUAGUUUUAGUAAUAUGCGCAACAUGUAAAGCAUUUUGUAAUAUCAUAUAAGAUAAUAUUGAUGUAGGUACUGAGACAUGAUUCAUCUUGUAAACAGACGAUGUAAACUUAUGGUAUUGAUAAAAAUAUACAGUACUAUAAAUGUAUUUCUCUUCUUUAUGAUUUUCUUAAUAACUUUUUUUAUCCCUAGCUUACUUUUUUGUAAGAAUACAGUGUAUAGUACAUAUAACUUACAAAAUACAUGUUAAUUGCCAUUUAUGUUAUCUGUAAGGCUUGCAGUCAACAGUAGGCUAUUAGUAGUUAAGUUUUGGGUUAUACUCUUGAGUUAAAAGUUAUACACAGAUUUUCAACUGCUCAGGUGAUAUCACCACUCCUAAAUCCCCAUGUUGUUAAAGGGUCAACUGUAUGUGCUGUCUUCAAGAGUUGUACUUGAAUUUUAAAAAUCACAGACAGGUUAAAAGCAAAAGAAUGAAAAAGAUAUGCCAAUCAAAUAUUAACAAUAGGAAGUUGAAGUGGCUAUGUUAACAUCAGACAAAAUAGAAUUCAAGACAAAGAGUAUUACCAGAGAGAGGAGAUACUUGAUAAUGAUUGAAAGAGCACUUCAUUAGAAGAACACAACAAAUCCUAAUAUAUGUUUAUUAGUAGGCCCCUAAUAACAGAUGUUCAAAAUACUUAAAACAAAAAGUAAGACAACUAAAGGAAGAAAUAUACAGGUCAACAAUUAUAGUUGUAGAUUUUAACAACUCUCUACCAGUAAUUGAGAACAGGAAAAAAAAAUCAGUACAACUAUAGAGAAUUAGAAUAGCACUACUUGGCUUCCCUGGUAGCACGGUGGUUACGAAUCUGCCUGCCAAUGCAGGGGACACGGGGUCGAGCCCUGGUCUGCGAAGAUCCUACGUGGCACAGAGCAACUAAGCCCGUGUGCCACAACUACUGAGCUUGUGCUCUAGAACCCGCAGGCCACAACUACUGAAGCCCGCAUGCCUAGACCCCAUGCUCUGCAACAAGAGAAGCCACCGCAAUGAGAAGCCCGCGCACCGCAAUGAAGAGUAGCCCCUGCUCACUGCAACUAGAGAAAGCCCACACACAGCAAUGAAGACCCAAUGCAGCCAAAAAUAAAAUAAAUUAAUUUAAAAAAAAAGAAUAGCACUACCAAUCAUGAUAUCUAAUUGAUAUUUUUAGAACAGUGUACCCCAAAACUGCAGAAUAUAUAAUCUUUGCACAUGCUUAGACUUUGUCAACAUAAAUCAUAUGCUGGCCUGUUAACACAUGUCAGUAAAUUUUGAAAGAUUGAAAUCAUAUACAGUGUACAGAAUUUCUCUGAGCACAACAGAAUUUAAUCAGAAACUGAAACAGUAAGAUCUCUGAAAACAUCCAAGUAUUUGGGAAUGAAACAUCAUACUUUAAAUAAUUCAUAAGUAAAAGGAGAAAAUCUCAAGGGAAAAUCACAAAUAUUUUAAAUUGAAAGAUAAUAAAUAUACCAAAUAUAAAUAUUUGUGGGGUGCAGCUAAAGAAGUAUAUAGAGGAAACUUUUACAUUUUUAAAUACUUACAUCAGAAGAAAAUGCUUAUAUACAUUUUAAAAAGGUAUAAAUUUCUGUUUUUACCUUAAGAAGCUAAAGAACAAGCCCAUAGCUAACAUCAUACUCAACAGGGAAAGAGUGAAAGCUUUUUCUCUAAAGACCAAGAACAAGACAAGUGUGACAAUAUAGUGCUGGAAGUCCAAACCAGAGCAGUCAGGCAAGGAAAAAGAAGGUGUCAAAUCCAAAAGGAAGAAGUAAAAUUAUCUCUGUUUGCAGAUGACAUGAUCUUAUAUAGAGAAGACCCUAAAGACUCUACAAAAAACUAUAAGAACUGGUAAAUGAAUUCAGUAAAGCCAGGAUAUGAAACCAACAUACAAUAAUCGGUUGUGUUUCUAUACACUAAAGACAAAAUAUCUGAAAAAGAAAAUAAGGAAACAGUCUCAUCCACGAUGGCUCCAAAAGCAAUGGAAUACUUAGGAAUAAUUUUAACCAAGGAUGUAAAACAUCUGUACACUGAAAAUUACAAGACAUUGAUGAAAGAAAUUGAAGAAGGCAAAAAUAAAAGGAAAGAUAUCCCAUGUUCAUGGAUUGGAAAACUUAAUAUUGUUUUAAACAGUUCAUACUUCCUAAAGCCAUUUAUAGAUUCAGUGCAAUCCCUAUGAAAAUUCCAGUGGCAUUGUUUACAGAUAUAGAACAGUCAGUCCUAAAAUUUAUGUGGUACCACAAAAGACCUGACUAACCAAGGCAAUCUUGAGAAAGAGGAACAAAGUUAGAACACUCAAAUGUCUUGAUUUCAAGCUAUAUUACAAAACUAUAGUAAUCAAAAUAGUAUGAGACUGGCAUAAAAUAGACAUAUAAACAAAUGGAACAGAAUUGAACCCCCCCCCCAAAAAACCCCAUGAAUAUAUGGUCAACUGAUAUUUGACAAGGCAACCAAGAAUACUCAAUGGGGAAAAGACAGACUCUUUGAUAAAUGGUCUCAGGAAAACUAGAUAUUCACAUGCAGAAGAAUAAAACUGGCCUCCUGUCUUACACCUCUCACAAAAAUUAACUCAAAGUGGAAUAAAGUCUUAAAUGUAAGACCUGAAACUAUUAAAUUACUAGAAGAAAACACAGAGGAAAAGCUCCUUGACAUUGGUCUUAGCAAUGAUUUUUUUUUUUUUUUUUUGGAGAUGAGAUGACACCAAAAGCAAAGGAAUAGAAGCAACAAUCAGCAAGUAGGACUACAUCAAACUAUAAAAAGCUUCUACACAGCCAAAGAAACAAUCAACAAAAUAAAAAGGCAACCUACGGAAUGGGAGAAAAGAUUUGCAAAUCAUAUAUCUGAUAAGAAGUUAAUAUUCAAAAUAUGUAAGGAACUCAUACAACUCAACAACAAAAAGACGACCUGAUUAGAAAAUGGGCAGAGGAGCUGAAUAGACAUUUUUCCAAACAUGACACAUAGAUGGCGAACAGGUACAUGAAAAGAUGCUCAACAUCACUAAUCAUCAGGGAAAUGCCACAGUGAGAUGGCACCUCACACCUGUUAGAAUGGCUAUUAUCAAAAAGGCAAGAAAUAACAAGUGUUGGAAAGCAUGUGGAGAAAAGAGAACUCUGUGGAUUGGUAGUGGAAAUGUAAAUCAAUGCAGCCACUAUGUAAAACAGUAAGGAAGGUCCUCAAAAAAUUAAAAAUAGAAAUACCACGUGAUCCAGCAAUUCCACUUCUGGGUGUUUAUCCAAAGGAAACAAACUCACUAUCUCCAUAAGAUACAUGCACGCCCAUGUUCGUUGCAGCAUUAUUUACAAUAACUAAGGCAUGGAAACAGCCUAAGUGUCCACUGACAGAUGAAUGGAGAAAGAAAAUAUCGUGUAUACAGUUGACCCUUGAACAAUGCGGGGAGUAGGGGUGCUGGUCUCCCGUGCAGUCUAAAAUUCACAAACAUUCAGCCCUCCAUAUCUGCAGUUACAUAUCUGCAGGUUCAACCAACCAUGGAUCAUGCAGUACAGUAGUAUUUACAACUGAAAAAAAUCUGUGUGUAAGUGGACCCCUGAAGUUCAAACUUGUGCUGUUUAAGGGUCAACUGUAUAUACAAUGGAAUAUUAUUUGGCCAUAAAAAAGGAGAAAAUCCUACCAUUUGCAACAACAUGGAUGAAUCUUGAGGGCAUUGAUAAGUGAAAUGUCAGAACAAAACAAGUACCCUGUGAUUCCACUUAUAUGAGCUGCUUACAAUAGAAACAGUCGUAGAGACAGAAAGUAGAAUGGUGGUUGUCAGGGGCUGUGGGGGAGGGAUGAAUGGGGAGUUACUGUAAUGGGUGUAGAGUUUCAGUUUUACAAGAUGAAAAGGGUUAUAGAUAUGAGUGAUGAUUGAACAAUAUUAUUAAUAUUUAAUACCACUGAACUCUACACUUAAGAAUGGUUAAGAUGAUAACUUUUUAGUGUAUUUUACUACAACAAAAUAAUUGAAAAAAUAAUCAAUGUCAAGAGAAUGAGAAGAGAAGCCACAGACUGGGGCGAAAUAUAUGCAAAGGACAUAUCUGAUAAAGGACUGUUAUCCAGAACAUGCAAAGGACUCUUAAAACUUAAUAAAUAGGAAAGCUAACAACCUGAUUAAAAAAUGGAGAAAUGAUCUGACCAGGUACCUCACCAAAGAAGAUACACUCUCAUACUGUUGGUGGGAAUAUAAAUUGGUGCAGCCACUAUGGCAAAAAGUACAGAGAUUCCUGAAAAAAUUAAGAAUAGAACUGUAACACACACACAAAAAAGAACUAUCAUAUGAUCCAGCUAUUUAACUUUUGAGUAUUUAUUCAAAGAAUACAAAAACACCAAAUCAAAAAGUUACAUACACCCCUGUGUUCAUCACAGCAUUAUUUAUAAUAGCCAAGAUGUGGAAACAACCUAAGUGCCCAUUGUUGGAUAAAUGGAUAAAGAUGUGGUAUGUGUGUGUGUGUGUAUAUAAAAUAUACAGUGGAAUACUACUCAGCCAUGAAAAAAUGAAAUCUUGCCAUUUGUGAGAAUAUGGAUGGAUCUUGAGGGUAUUAUGCAAAGUGAAAUAGAAAGACAAAUAGAAAAAGAAAAGACAAAAAAAGAAAGACAAAUAUCGUAUGAUUUCACUCGUAUGUAGAAUAUUAAUAAACAAAAUGAAAACAAACAUAAAUACAGAGAACAGAGUAGUAUGGUUACCAGAGCGGAAGGAGUUGGGAGAAAGGCAAAAUGAGUAAAGGGCGUCUGUUGUAUGGUGACGGAUGGAAACUAAACUUUUGGUGAUGAGCAUGCUGUAAUAUAUAUAGAAGUCAAAAUAUAAUGUACACCUGAAACUUAUAUGAUCUUAUAAAUUAAUGUCACCUCAGUUUUUUAAAAAAGAAAAGAUAUACAAAUGGCAAAUAGGCACAUGAAAAGAUAUGCCACAUCAUAUGUCAUCAGGGAAAUGCAAAUUAAAACAAUGAAAUACCAUUAUACACCUAUUAGAAUAGCCAAAAUCAAGAACUUGACAACACCAAACGAGAAUGUGGAGCACAGGAACUUAUAUAUUACUGGUGGGAAUGCAAGAUGGUAUGGCCACUUUGGAAAACAGUUUGGCAAUUUUUUACAAAAUUAAACAUAUUCUUACCACACAGUCCAUCAGUCACACUCCUUGGUGUUUACCCAAAUGAGUUCAAAACUUACUUCUUCACAAAAACCUGCACAUGGAUGUUUAUAGCAGCUUUAUUCAUAAUUGCCAAAAGUUGGAAGGAACCACUAUGUCCUUCAUUAGAUGAAUAAACUGAUACAUCCAGACAUGGAAUAUUAUUUGAAGCUAAAAUGAAAUGAGAGGGAAUUCCCUGGUGGUCAAGUAGUUAGUACUCUGCGCUUCCACUGCUGGGGGCCUGGGUUCGAUCCCUGGUUGGGUAGCUAAGAUCCCACAAGCUGUGUGGCAUGGCCUAAAAAUAAUAAUAAUAACAAAAUUCCAUGAAAAGAGAUGGAGGAACCUGAAGUGCAUAUUACUAGGCGAAUGAAGCCAAUCUGAAAAGGUUACAUACUGAAUGAUUCCAACUGUAUGAUAUUUUAGAAAAGGUAAAACUAUGGAGACAGUUGAAAGAUGAGUUAUUACCAGGGGCUAGUGGGAAGAGGGAUUAAUAAGUGGAGCACAGCGGUUUUUUAGGGCAGUGAGACUGCUCUGAGUGAUACUGUAAUGAUGGGCAGGUACAUGCCCUUAUACGUUUGUCAAAACUUAUAGAAUGUGCAACGCCAAGAGUGAACCCUAAUGUAAACUAUAAACUUUGGGUGAUAAUAAUGUUUCAGUGUAGGUUCAUCAGCUAACAAAAUGUACCACUCUGGUGUGGGAUGUUGAUAGUGGGAGAGCCUGUUGGGUGUGUCAGGCAGGAGCUAUAUGGGUUGAUAGUAGGGGAAGCUCUUAGGGAGAGUAAAGGUAGGGCAUGUAUGAGAACUCUGUACUUUCCUCUAAAUUUUGCUUUGUGUUUAAAACUGCUCCUAAAAAGAAAGUCUGUUUUUAAAAAUCAACUAAUGUAAUUCCCCAUAUUUAGUAGCAUAAAGUGGAAAAACCACAUGGUCCUAUCAAUAGAUAACAAAAAGUCAUUUGACAGUAUUAAUGCCCACUCAUGAUAAAACUCUCAAAAACUAGAAAUAAAAGGGAACUUCCUCAACCUGACAAAGUUAAUAUAUGAAAAAAUCUAUGUGCAACUACAUACUUAAUGGUGAAAUUUUGAAUGCUUUGCCACUAAGACGGGGAACAAUGCAAGGAUACACUUAGGAUCUGUAUACAGUAUUCUGCUAGAUACAGUGAAAUAAUACAAGAAAAAAAUAGAAAUCAUAAAGUUUGGAAGAAAUAAAACUGUCUCUUUUCACAGAUGACAUGAUUACCCAUAUGAAAAUCCUAAGGAAUCCACAAAUCAAGGACUAGAAUUAAUGAGAUGAAUUUUUUUGCAAGGUCUUUGGAUAUAAAAUCAAUAUGAAAAUUAGUUGUAUUUCUGUAUAAUAAGGCAACAACUGGAAAAUGACAUUUUAAAAAAUGACACUAUUGACAAUAGCAUAAAAAACCUAAAUAAUUAGAGAGAUAAAACAUGUCAUGGAUUGGAAAACUCAGUAUUGUUAAAAAUGUCAGCUCUGCCAAGACUGAUCUUAGAGGUAAACAGUCUAAAUCACAGCAGCCCUUUUCUUUUUCUUUCUCUUUUUCUUUUCUUUUCCUUUUUUUUUUUUGAAAUUGUCGUGCUUAUUCUAAUGUCUGUGAAAAUGGGAAGGAUAGUUUAAUCCAGAAAUAGAUCCACACAUAUGUCCAGUUGACUUUCUGAAGGUACCAAAGCAUUUCAAUGGAAAGUAAGGGCAUUUCAAUAAAUAAUGAUUGAUCAACUAGUUAUAUAUUUGGAAAUAAUAUGAACCUUGACCUUUCCUCAUGCUAUACAAAAAACUUAAUCUAAGAUGGACCAAAGGGCUAAACAUAAAAGCCAAAACUAUAAAGCUUCUAUAAGUAAACACAGGAAAAUAUCUUGUGAUCUGUAAGUAGGCAGAGAUUUCUUGGAUCUGACAAAAAAUUAUCAAAAAAGAAAAAUAAAGGUGAUUUUUAGGUUUUACUUAAAUUUAAAACUUCUGCCCACUAAAAGCCAACAUUAAGAAAAUAAAUAGGCAAGCCAUAUACUGGGAAAAAAAUAUUUCCAAAUCAUAUAUCUGAAAAGGGACUAUAUCUAGAAAACAUAAAGAACUCCAUUAUUUAGUAAUAAAAACAUAAGUAAUCCAAUUCAAAAAAUAGACAAAACACUUGAGUAGAGACUUCCCAGAGGAAGAUGUAUGAAUGACCAAUAAGCACAUGAAAAAGCACUCAACAUCAGUAGUCAUCAAGGAAGUGCAAAUUAAAAUCAUA